UUGGGUCCCCUCCAUGUAUAUUGCCAACCAAUAGAUGGGCUCUUUUGCUAAAGCUCCAACUCCUAAACUUAAACUUCAUGAGUUAGUUUUGGAUUGGAGUUGAGUCUCAAGUUGAGUUAUGAAGCUGUUCAUUUCUGUAGUUCAUUUUGUGAGAACAUUCUAGCCAACUCCAUCUCGUUUUUAGGUGAAGCUGAAACCGUUUGGUUGGCUCCAGCUAUAGAAGACAUAGAGCUGGACCUAGAGUUAACCUAAAUGGGUCAGGAAAUUGCCAGGAAACACACAAACUCUUUCGCAGCCUUCUAUAUAUGAGACAUGCAGUCCCCGGGUCACUAGUUCAAACGCCAAGAUCAAAUUUCCAGAUCCUCAGACCUCAGUCAUUAGUAGGUAGGUGAAUCUCUCGAAGGUGAGACGAAGAUGAUUUUAUUAUUACCUGCAGCAUACUCUCUGCUUGUACUGGUGCUGCUUCCAAUGCCAACCGGUGGUGCUCCAACGGCGCCGACGCUCGCUGGCUGCAACACCAGUUGUGGCAAUUUGACAUUUGAGUAUCCCUUUGGCAUCGGGCAAGGCUGCUUCCGCCAACCCAAUUUUGAGCUCACUUGCCUCCACGGCAAUCACCUCCAGCCACCGAGUCUCUUUUUACAGGGCGGCACCCAGGUUGUCGACGACAUCGUUGUCAGCUCUUCGGACGACAACAACGUCCCUAGUGUUAGCGUCAGCAUGUCCGACACCAUCUCUGUGGUGCCCGGCGUCGAUGUUUACAACUAUACCUGGACCUAUCCUGAAAGCUUUUUUCCAUUAUAUGCCACGGUGCAAAUCACCGGUUGCGACUUCGAUGUAUACUUUAUCCAGUACAACGAAUCCAUGCUCCUAUGCAACAUUACAUGUCCCAACGAAAUAUUUACAGAAGGCGAGGCCAAGAAGAACUGCAACGGUACUGGAUGUUGUUACUUUUCAUUCAGUACAAGUUUCUUUGACCUCCAAUUCGUCCGGCACAACAAAACGGAAUCUCACUCUAGCAACAAUUCCUUGUGGAAUAGCAUCCAAUUAAGUUUAUACUCUGCCGACCUCGGUUGGAGUAUUGUUGAUCAACCAAGUUGCAGCAGCGCCCUUGAUAAACAGACGAGCUAUGCCUGUGUCAGUACGAAUAGCUCAUGCUUGAAUUCAAGUUCAACAUACUUUGGAUAUCUGUGCAGCUGCGAUUCUGGCUUUGCAGGAAAUCCCUAUAUUUCGCAGGGCUGCUCUCGUGACAAAGGAUAUAAUCCUUUUCAGCAGAAGGCAAACUGUUCCCGGUCAUGUGGGAAUAUCACAGUUCCCUAUCCAUUUGGUCUCGAAGAAGGUUGUUUUGCCAGAAAACUAUUCCAUCUCAACUGCACAGAAGCAAACUCUUCAACUCUGCGAUUCGACAAGUAUAAUCAGGUGACUGACAUCAAAAUUGAGGAAGGAGUUGUGCUGAUUAAAUAUGACGCUGGUGGUGGUGGUGAUCAGGAGUUUAUGGCGAUAGACGGAGAACCACAUCUAUAUGAUGGCUCUUGGGAUUACUCUAUCUCUGUUGGAUGGGCUGUUGCCAAUCUAACAUGCCUGGAAGCAAAACAGAAUGCCUCUGGAUAUGCAUGCGUUAGUACUAACAGCACUUGUGUUCCAGUGAACUCUACUUCUGGUUAUGUUGGCUAUCGGUGCAACUGCACUGCCGGUUUUCAUGGAAAUCCUUAUAUGCUGAAUGGAUGCAUAGGUAUCAAUGAAUGCCAAAAACCACGAAUUUGCAAUGGUGUUUGCGAUAAUCACUGCACUGCGGCAUAUUUUGGGCACUACCCUGUUCUCAUAGGCAUUUGUUCUUUUAUUUUUACUGUUCUUAUUGCUCUUCUUGGAAUGCAAGUGAUCAUUCACAGGCGAAGUAUCAAAAGACAGCGUCUUAUAAGACAGAGGGACGAGUAUUUUCAACAACAUGGAGGCCAGCUUCUGUCUGAUAUGAUGAAAAUCGACUGCAACCUUGAAUUUACGUUGUACAGACAGGAAGACAUUGAGGUAGCAACAAAUGACUUUGACAAGAAUCAAAUCAUUGGAGAAGGAGGACAAGGGACAGUUUACAAGGGAUUUAUAGAAAGCAUUCCUGUUGCAAUAAAAAGAUGCAAAGGGAUGGAUGAAAGCAGGAGAAUGGAAUUUGGACAGGAGCUACUUAUACUAUGUCGCGUCAACCACGAUCAUGUAGUUAAGCUUCUUGGUUGCUGCCUAUUGUUUGAAGUCCCUAUUCUGGUUUAUGAAUUUGUUCCGAACAAGACGUUACAUGACUUGUUACAUGGUCAAGACGGGAGAUGUUACAUAUCACUUGCAACUCGUUUGAGGAUAGCUGCUGAAUCUUCUCAAGCACUUGGACACUUGCAUUCGUUGGCACGUCCUAUCCUCCAUGGGGAUGUGAAAUCUGCCAACAUUCUGCUAGGUGACAAUUUGAUUGCCAAGGUCGCCGAUUUUGGUUGCUCAAUAAUCGCACGAAUGGACGAAGAAGCCCUCGUGGCAAAAGGCACAGUCGGGUACCUAGAUCCUGAGUACCUGCAAUCAUGUAAGCUCACUGACAAGAGUGAUGUUUAUAGUUUUGGUGUUGUUCUUGUGGAGCUUUUAACAGGUAAGAAGCCGCGGUGCCUUGUGUCGGUGUUUCAAGACGCUAUGAAGGAGGGCACGGUUGACGAGCUCAUAGAUAAGGAGAUCAUCAAAGAAGACGACUUGGAGGUCAUCCACCAAGUUGCGGAGCUCACAAGCAGGUGUUUAGCUAUGCCAGGUGAUAAGCGGCCGACGAUGUCGCAAGUCGCCCAAGAGCUCCGACGGUUGACAGGAUUGGUGCGACAACGUCUGGAUGCGGCAGGCGAGCUGAUUGCCUUGCGUGAGGUGGAUAGAAGCUUUACGCGGACAAUAGAUAGCACAAGUUACACCAGAAGCAGAACAACCGAGUAUUUCACUCUUGGGAUAACAUCUUGACGACGAUGUACCAUGUUGCUACUCCAGUGUCAUGUCUAUGGUCUGGACGUCCAUGUACGUUGCUGAAAUGGUGGAUGUCAAAUGGUGGGCAGAGGUAGUGAUCAGGUACCAUUUAUGCUUUGAGAUUUGCUCCGGUCCAACAACAAAUAUAUCGAGAUACCGGUACCUCAUACUAUCAAAUCAUUUUUGAUUGUUGGAUCUAGCUGACCAGGAUGUGCAUUGUUAGAUCCAACGAUCGGAAACGAUUUGGUACCAUGAGAUAUCGGUACCUCGAGAUACUUUUUGUUGUACCGAAGCAAAUAUCUUAUGCUUUUUGUUGUUCACCCUAGAGAUGGUGUUUAUAACAUUUGUUGCGUCUGUGGUCUUGUCCCAAUAUUUGUAUGUUGGAAAUGCCGGAACGUUGGUUUUUAAAAGGGAUCUAUUAUAUACUAAAAGUCCA